GAGGAAAAAUGCUGAAAAGUUUUCUCCAUAUAAUGGACUUCAGUGCUGUCCGUGAGUUUGAACUUCCAAAAUACCGUUUAAACUGCUGUAAACGAUCCCAGCAGAGGAAGAAGAGUCUUAUCUAGCGAAAUGAUUGAUUCAAUUAAAACACUUAAAACUGUACACAUCUUUUUACAUCAAACGCUCGUCUUGUCUCCUCUGUGAUGUGUAUCUGUGGUUCAGUACAGUUUGAGUUUGUCGAAAAACUGGCAGCUCAUUUUUUUUCAGCUCAUUUCACCCCAAGCGUGUGCAAACGCACUGUCUCCUUCCCUCCUGCGUUCACACCAGACGCGAAUGAAGCGUUAAGCGCGAGCGAUUUACAUGUUAAGUCAAUGCAAAGACGCGAAUAGACAUCCUGCGGCGCGAAUGGAGCGUUUGACGCGUGAACGCGUGAUUCGCGCGAGUUGAAAAAUCUGAACUUUGGCGAAUAUUCGCGCCGCGUUAACCAAUCAGGAGCUUGCUCUAGUAGUGGCGUGAUUAGCGAGCGGAGGCAGAAAUCCCAAGCAAAAAUGGAGGACAAAAUCAUUAUCGCUGUAUGUGGACACCCGGACCUGUACGAUACUUCUUCAUACUUCUAUAAAAACAGGAAUAAAAAGGAUCUUGCUUGGAAGAAAGUGAGUGAGGAGGUCGGACAACCUGGUGUGUGAACAGCAGAUGGGAUCGGCCCAAAGCGGACGUCCUGCCGAAUGAGUCCCGCGGUACCGUCUCGUCGCCCGCAGACCCGUCGGAGCCUCCGCAGGGCGGCGUGGAGAUGGCGGCGGUGAUGGCGGCUAAAAUCAACGCCAUGCUGAUGGCCAAAGGCAAACUGAAACCGCUGCAGCCGCUGCCCAGUAAAGCGCCGCCUGCCGCUCUUCCUGUCGCCGCAGACGAGCUCAUCUUGGCUGAGGUCGACAUAAACGACGUGCCGACGGAGUGCAGGAAUCUGCUGACCAAAGGCAAAACUCAGGACGAGAUCGGUCAGCUGAGCGGCGCGGUGGUGUCCACUAAAGGCCUGUACGUGAGCGACGCAGACCGGAGCGCCGGCGCAGGCGUGACGAGACCGCUGUAUCUGCACGUGCAGGGCCGCCGUCAGGAGGACGUCAACAAGGCAGUGGCCAGAAUAAAGGAGAUCAUCUCUGAGGACGUCCUGCGCUCAUCGGGUGGACAGCAGCCUGUCGUGAUGCCCACCGUACCGGUGUACCGGCAGACCGUCACCGCCGCUCCGCUCCCGUCCGCUGCACGUGCUCCCGCCAUCCCCGGACACAAGCCGGCCCCGCCACACACAGGGAGUUUUGUGCACACUAAGAUAUUUGUAGGACUGGACCAAUCGCAGCCGUCCUUUAACGUGAAAGAGCGUGUGGAGGGGCCGUCCGGCUCGUACCUGCAGCACAUUCAGUCUGAGACCGGCGCUCGUGUUUUCCUCCGAGGCAAAGGCUCCGGCUACAUCGAGCAGGCGUCCCGCCGCGAGUCCUUCGAGCCGCUCUAUCUGUACAUCAGCCACCCGAACGCCGUGGGACUGGACGCAGCCAAGAAAUUGUGCGAGAAUCUCCUGGACACGGUGCGGGCGGAUCACACACGGAUCAUGUCGUCGUAUCCCUCCACAGCUUCUGCUCCAGUUUACCCGACACACGGAUACUCUGCAAAUAACAGCUAUGGCGGUCAGUCGUGGUACGGCUACCCGAGCUCCUAUCCCACGUACCCCGGUGCCUUCUGGAACAACUCCAGCGGUGCGUCUGACCAAUCACAGCUGAGCAGCGGUGCAGUGCGGUAUCCGGUGUGCAAACAGAGCGCCUUCCUGCUGCGGGAUGAGGAUGCAGCGUCAGAUGGAGCAGACAGUGACUCCAGUCCAAAGCAACACUAUGCAGAAGAGGAGCAGAAAACACAGAUCUCCACAGAUGUUUCGGUGAGCGACGUCAGUGCAGACGACAGCAGGACGUUGAUGCCGCCACCAGCAGCUCCAGUCAGAAAGAGACCGAGAGAAGAGCCCUGCAGUAAAGCCCUCACGCACACAGCUCAACAACAGCUGAUGAAGAAGAAGAUUCCAGAAGAUUCCAGCAACUCCUCUGGACUGGUUCCGUAUGGAGGAGAUUCAUCGGAUGAGGAGGAGGAGCGCAUGCGCGGCGGGAAUAAGAGCGCCAUCUGAACGCUUUUUAAUUGAACACGUUUUACUGGCAUAAUUGAUGUGGAACUGUUCCUAUGGAAUAAUAAAAGAAAUAAAUACCACA